AUGUACGAAAUAUCAGUAGAUUCAAAACUAAUCUACAUAUUGUUCAUCAUCAUCUUUAUCACCACCAAAUUCAAUCUUAACAACCAUAGGGAUAUAGCAACUGACCAAAUGAGAUUUCUACUCCCUGUAAUCCGAGUCUCAUCAAGAUAUACAUUGAAACAUGAAUUACUUCGACGAACAAGUUCAACAUUUCCCUCAUAUGUUACACACGACCCAAAAACAACCAACAUGCAUUCAAUCUCUGACAAUAAUGCCACGAUUAACGACCUGGAUAAACUCAAUAAGGCAAUCGAAGAGUUUUGGAAGACAAGCAAGAGAAACAGUGUAAAAACUCCUAUAAACGAAUCCACCACCGGACAAGAAUUGAAAAAAAUACUAGAUACCACAGCGGCGAAAAAACGUUACUACAAAAACUCAAAGACCUACAGAACCUUUGUGCGUUGGGAAAUAAUACGAAACAUUGACAAUACUACGCAUACAACAAAACUUUUCAAUUCCUAUAAAACAGACAACGCAAUUGUAGCCCAAAAUGAAUCUCCGAACAAAGAUAAUCUGCUUGGUCUUUUGAUCACAGACUGCCUAAAAACCUGCGAUAUCGAUAACGCUGUAGACCUUUAUAUUUGGUUUUACAAGAACUUCGCCAAUUCUGGCCCGUCAUCUCAUUUAGCCGACCAGAUACUCAACGCAAUGGCUUUUAGUAAUCCUCAAAAUGAUGACCGGAUGCUCAUAAAGUUUUUACAACUCAUGGAGUUCCAAAAACUCGAAAACAGUACUUUCGAGAUAAAGGAGACCCAAGCAAUUCAACUUUGUGGAAAGGCUAUGUCGGUCGUGAACGAGCCAUUAUUAACAAAGAAAGUCCUCGACUACGUUUACGAAGUACCGUACACCGAGAGCAACGCAAUGAGAAACGCUCAAGUCAUAGCUGCCUACCGCAUAAUAAAUGAGGACUAUAAGAAAUCAAACGCAGCAGGUGUUUUCUACCAAUGGACAACGAUUAAAGACCACUAUACAUCCUCAGAAAAACACGACUCAAGGAUACUCUACCGCAUUAUUAAGCUUUUCACAAAGCAAACAUCAUAUCAUUUUAGGUGCCGAGAAAUAAUAGCAAAAUUGGAACCCAAAUUUUACGUUAACGACGCGCUACUUCUUCCAUCGAUCAUUAGUUUUUACACCAAAACCAACGAUUUUAAAAUGGCAAGCACUAUAAUGUCAAAUAUAUCAACUCACGCAAAUGAAGAAACAAGGUCCACAAAUCUGGUAUCAAAAUUUAUGUUAUCAACUCUGUUGAGAAUGCACUUAAAUUUCAAAGAUUCCAAAGGCGUACAAAAUGUGCUGACCCAAAUCAAUCGGACCACAAGCGGUUUGUCGCCAGCAGACUACCAGGCUAUUGUGUUGCACUUGAUCAAAAAGAAUGACGAAAAAAACCUUUUAAAAGCUAUAAAAAUGACCCAAGGCAUGAAGGGUAAAAGUGCAUUGCCUUCAGUAGCGACCAUAAUACACCACGUUGCAACCAACGGUAACAAAAACGAACUUAAGUCGAAGGCCCAAGUAAUUAUAAAAAACCUUCUGAUCUACGCGAAUGCAUUAGAUAAAUCCCAUCAGAACAAACUGUGGGACAUAGUGGCUUCAGUUUUCGUCAAGAGUUUGACGAUAUACGAACAUUAUUCCAAAAAACCUAAUAAUAUGGAAGACUAUAGAAUAGCUCAACAAAAGGCAGGCACAACUACUGAGUUUCUGAGGUACCUUUUCAUCAAAUCCUCGACAAGGAAAGCUGAUCAGUCGUCAACAGAUCCCUUCAAUAUGCCAAACCCCAAUGAAAUUAUCCUAAAACUUAACAAGUUCAACAAAUUGGUGAUAUUAAGGACAAUAGCGAAGGAAGCUAGAUUUGCUCAAAGGAUUGACCUAUUUCGGUGGUCAGUCUCAGAAAUGAUAAAAUGCGGCAUGCCAAUGAAAGAAAUCGAAUUGGAGUGGAACACGAUGGAAAAACAUCAGGUUAGAAGAUUUGCAUUUACAGACAAAAAGACUGUGACACAAAAUGUGAGCAAACACGGCCUGAGUAGUUUCAAGAAUGUUAUCAAUAAGCCUUAG